CGUUCCUAAGAAUUGUUACUCAGUAGGAUAGAGUUACAGGAAGUUUUCUUUUUGUCUUUUCCUGAGUACAUUUUCUGCUUUUUCGGAGAGCGUGGAUUUCUGGAUUAGAAUAAAGAUGGACAGGUCAGAAAAGUUUUGAACAUCUCCAAAGAAACAGAAAGCAGUAUGUCAGAAAAUACAAGCUCUCUCAGAAACUUUUUUGUUUACAAGUGUCUGUUUGCAUUAACUUUUUGGAACCAUGUCAGCCUGUCUGUGGAAAACAAACUUCUUACACCUUCUAACAAUUUUCCAGAAGAUGGUUCUGACCAAAAUAUCAAGAGCCUGCCACUCCUAUAUACAAAUAGACCUCAGUCCAAAUCUAGUUCUGACUGGGUUGUGAUACAAAAUACUACAGAAAGCCUGUCAUUGUCAGAAAUCAGAGAUAGCAGUGUAAAAAAAUUGCUUGCUUUAUUAUCUAAUUUCAGACAAGGCUCUGGGUUACAAAAUCUGACACUGACAAAUGUGUCAGUGAACUGGAGUGCUCUUAUGGAAAUUUUUCAGACUGUAUGGCAUUCAUCCAUUGAAUACUUCAAUAUUAACAGGGUCACUCAACUGGGAAACGUCAAAAGCUAUGAUUUUGACUAUUCAGGUACCUCUAUGAAGGCACUGACAGUGAAGAAAGUUCUUAUCACAGAUCUGUACUUCAUACAGGAUGACUUAUACAGAAUAUUUGCAGACAUGAAUAUUGCAGACAUGACAAUAGCAGAAUCAGAGAUGAUACAUAUGCUUUGUCCUUCAUCUGUUAGUCCCUUUAGACACCUAAAUUUUUUAAAGAAUGAUUUAACAGAUUUGGUUUUUCAAAAAUGUGACACCCUAAUUGAACUGGAGACAUUAAUCUUGCAAAGGAAUAAAUUUGAAAGCCUUCUCAAGGUAAGCUUCAUGACCAGCCGUAUGAAAUCACUGAAAUAUUUGGACAUGAGCAACAACUUGCUGCACCACGAUGGAGCUGACGUGCAAUGCCAGUGGGCUGCGUCUCUGACGGAGUUGGACCUGUCCUUCAAUCAGUUGUCGGAUGCUGUCUUUGAGUGCUUGCCAGUCAACAUCAAAAAACUCAACCUCCAAAACAAUCAGAUCAGCAGUGUCCCAAAGGGGAUGGCUGAUCUGAAAUCCUUGGAAGAGCUGAACCUGGCGUCGAACAGGCUGGCUGACCUGCCGGGGUGCAGCGGCUUUCCAUCCCUGCAGUUCCUGAACACAGAGAUGAAUUCCAUCCUCACGCCGUCUGCUGACUUCUUCCAGAGCUGCCCAAGGGUGAGGGAGCUACAAGCUGGGCACAACCCAUUCAAGUGUUCCUGUGAACUGCAAGACUUCAUCCGUCUUGAGAAUUCCAACAGCUUAAUCCUCAUUUUACUGGAGCCCAUCCCUCCGUACGUUAUCCCUGCCAGGUACCACAAGCUGAAGGCUCUCAUGGCAAAGCGCACCUACCUGGAGUGGCCGAAGGAGAGGAGCAAGCACGCGCUUUUCUGGGCUAACCUGAGGGCAGCUAUUAACAUUAACCUGCCAUCCAGUGAUGAAAACAGGUGUGAGGAAACAGGUUAAGAAUCUUUCUAAUGGAUUUUCUUCUGUUUUAUCUUUGAGAAGCAAUAAAUAUUUUUUUUCCUUUUUUGUCA